AUGUUAAUAUUGCCUAUAACUUGUAGAUGUGAAGUGAAUGGGGAAUCAAAACUAGGUAGAGAGCUAGAACCGUUGAAAACAGAGUGUCCUGCUUUUCAGUUGUUUCUCGGGGCUUCUAAGAAGGCUGAAAUUGGUCAAAAUAACCUGGUUGCUAGCAUUGCAGAGGCGGCUACCGCGAGAAUUACAAGCACUUUAGUCACUCGAGCUAUAAAGAGCCGCUGGAAUCCUACAAAUAACCUUAUAAAAAUGUGGAAUUUCUCCAGACUUGCAUCGAGGAUUUCUCGCCGUUUAUAUAGCUCCAGUUUCCCCCACGCGUCGUCGAAAAAUCCAGGGAAUUCGAAGUUCGACAAAACUAUGCUGAAACCUGCUCUUGUAAUUGUACUGUUCGGGUCCAUGCUCACAAACGUGAUGGAACAGCAGAAGAGGAACUCAGAGCUGGAAAGGAGAUAUGGAAUGAAACUAGGGGUACUGCAAGAUCUGAUAGAUAAGGUUAAACAUGGGGAAGAUUCUUCAAUCGACAUUGACAAAGAGCUGGCACUCGUUAACAAGCUCUUCGAGCGGUUCGAGAUUUCCAAAUAUGUUGAGUUAGAAGAGGAAGCAAGCAAGGUUAGAAAGCUCAAUGACCAAGCAGAUGUGAUUUCUCAAAACGAGAUCGCGGCUAGGCUAAAUGGCAAGAAGCCCGUAGAUGAUGAAACGUCACUCCGAGAGCUCUUCAGGGACAUAAUGAAGGAUAUUGACGAUAUACCAGUAGCAAGAAAUGAAGAGUCCAAGCAGCAUGACUCUAAAGUUGUCAGUAGCGAUCAGAAUAAGGCAAUUUACCAAGUGGAGAUGAAGACUGUUCCUGAGUCUGAAAUACAAACUAAUGAAAGAGUGCUCACAGAGGAGGCUAAAAAUGAGAAGCAGCGAUUAAAGUUUAGGCCUGCAACAGACUCACACGUCAUAGUUGAAAAUCCAGGUGAAUACAGCACUGCCGCAGAAGAUCAUAAAGUCUCUAAAUUCUUGUAA